UCAAGAUCAUUGCAAGUAGCAACCAAUCAGAAAGUGUUUUACAAAUGAAUUCGGCAAGAAAAAAAAUGAAAGUCAGCAUCAUAAGUAUAUUCAUGAGAGUAGUUUUUUAAGAGAAUUUUAGUUAAGUAAAAGGAUCAUUCGGAGCAAUGAACAUGGAGUCAAAUUAAAUUUUAAAGUAAUUAAGCGAAGCCUUAUAAUUUCAGAAAUGAUUCGACAUUACUCAACGAAUCGAUACCUUAAUCGUCUGUUAAAUGUGAACAAGGUCGUCGUCUUGCCCCAUUUUCUGGAUGGGGCUGCACAGAGUUAAGUAGAUCAAAACCGAAGAAAGUUGAAGGUUGCACCAAUAAUGACACGAAUGGACAGCGAAAACGAUUUUCCCAAGGCCGAUGACGUAAACAAACGUUUUCUCAAGAUACAUGUCUCGGUAUAUAAACAACUUGGUUAAUAUCGAAAUGCUACAGAAUAGUCAUGAGUCUUUGGCCUUAUUUCUUGCUGUUGCUAUACGUGACAGUGGGAUGUAGAAGUUUGCAUUCUAGUCAUCACGGGCAUGGAUAUGGAGAACAUAAACAUGGAGGUUCCUCAUAUGAUUCCGAAGAUGGAGAAACUCAUGGAGAUUACGAGUCUGAUGGUGAAAAAAGUCACGGUGUAUAUGGACUAGAAAAAGUUGGAGGACACAAAGCAAAGGGAUCUCACGGAGGAUUAAAUGCAUUUUUUUCUGAUUUUCACAACAGAGGAUUAAUAGCUAGAGAUAGAGGAUUCGGAUACGAAAAGGCUUACGCGUACGACAAACAAGUGGCUCUUAAAGACAUCGGAGCCAAGAAAUCCAGUUAUAAAGGAUUACAGAGAGCAAGGGAGCAUCACGGGCAUAAGAAAUAUUCUGAUCAUGGAGAUUACGGACAUAAAUCUCACGACAGUGGUGGUCGACACGGUGCAUCCGGGUAUUCUAAAGAAGGCUCGAUCGAAGGUUCUCACGGAACUUACGACGAUACUCACAUUAAUUUCGGACACAGUGAUCUUAUGCCCACUUAUGGAUAUUCAUACAACCAGUUUCGCCAACCAGGAUACAGUUACUCUUACUAAAUGAACGGUUACAUGUGAGGAACCAAUGUCAGAUUUGAUUAGAAAUUGGAUCUCUGUACUUUGUUCGGUAUGCGGAAUUGUUUGAUUUUGAUAAAUUACAAA